AUGCCUACUACGCGGAAUCGCAAACGGGAGCUUUUGCAAGCCCGUGACCAAGUCAUUGCAGCUAUUGACAAAGUCUACACCAACGCCGAAGAUCACCCCUCCGACCUGAUUUACCCCACCCCACCUCCUACAGAUGAGGAUGGCAAGCACCUCAAUCCCCCGAAGCCCAUUUUCUUUCGACCUCAGGGCGCUACAUGGAAUGCCCCUGUUCUUGUUGCCGACUCCGAAUGUGAGGAAAAGCUAAAGCGCACCACCGAGGGAUGGGAUAACGCCCAGUACCACCCAUCAGUUAGUGGGCUUCAUUCCCAGGUCCGGUAUGUCUAUGCUGCUCUAGAACGGAUGUUCUUCCUGUUCCGCCGGGACUUCCACCGAGGAGACAAUGAAGUCCCACCUAACCUUAGGCAAAAGUCCAAAUGGAUAGCGAGUGGCGGUGAUGAACGAUUGGUUUUCGCCGAGGAAUUCAAAGGAGCUUUGUAUGGAUCGUUACAAUGGUCGGGCUUUACGUUCGUGCCGAAGAAAUUGUCUUAUCCAAAAGGACCACCCUCGCAUACUUUGGUCACGAUUUCGAUUGAACGGGAGCCAAGCGAUGAGCUGUCCCGGGCAGAGGUGAUGACAAUUGCUAGAGCUAUGAUCACAUGA